CUUCUUCAGGAACAGAUGCAUGGAGAACAGUCGAGUAAUGUAACCCAAUCGAUGCCUCGAAGACUGAGUUUGAUUAGACCUGAGAUGACGCCGGAGUCACCUGGCACCCAGGGCAACAACACAAUCAAUAAACCCAGGAGGAUGACUUAUGGUCCCGGAAGCUCGAAAGACAUAGUCGAUGCGUCAGUUCCAGCAACGCCGACAAUUUCGUCAAGCAGGCCGAAACUCACAAGUGGCAGCUCCGCCAGUUCCAGAAUUAGCUCAGGAAGACCUGCUUGGAAGUUGCCCCUGUGUAAAAAGGAUAGAGUCUAUGGCCUCGAACGAGGGCUGCCACUGGAGAAAGUCGUCCACAGCUAUCGCUUAAAGGACAAAAUAUUUUUGUUCAUUAAAUGGCAGGAUUGCAGCGCAAUAGACGCUGUGUUACUGGAUGAAGUGAAAGAAGUUUUUCCAUUGCAAGUUAUUGAGUAUUUUGAGAGCCUGAAGCUGCAAUAUGAUGCUCUGGAAUAAUAGUGCUAGUACUGGUACGUACAAAGCUAAGAUCCAAACAAAAAUUCUCAUCAUAAAUCAAAAUACAAAACAACACCAUCUGGAAGCGGGACAAGACGGUGCGAAGUUCAGGGUCAACGCAUUUUUAUUGAGACCUUUGGCGGUAACACGAACGGAUGAAUUAACUAAUUUUGGUUUUCUUUUCUUAUCUUUUGUUUCAUUAUUAUAUUGGACGGCUGUAGUUCCCUCCAAUCAUCUAACAUCACAAAAGUUUGAGUUUGUGAGCAUAUAACUAACCAGCUAAAGGAAGCUGUCUUAUUUCUUACUAUGUAAGCACUGGAUGCUUAUAAGGACAUAAAACCAUCGUAUCGAAAUACGAUAUUUUUUUUUUUUUGUUUAAAUUUUAAAUGUCAAUUCAGAGAAUGAAUCAUUUUUGUAUCCAAUUUCUACAUAUGUCAUCUGAUAUUUUAUAAGAAAUUCAACGACGAAGCACGUCUAUUUUAUGUUUUUUUUUUCCAUUCAAUUUAAACUUCCUGUGUAUGAAAUAAAAUUUAUAUAUGUAUAACCAAUAUCUCAUUCUAGCCACA